ACUAAGAAAACCGUUAGCUGAGGGGAUGGUGUUUCUAUCUGAGAAAGAGGCGAGGCCUCUGGGGAAUCGUCGAGGAGGGGUGGAGCUAAAAUAAACCGUGGGAGCGGGAUUUGGAGGGACAGUGGCAAUCACCGCAAAAUUCAAAGGGAAGGGUGGGAUUCGAACGGAUGACAUUGAUGAAGGGGCGGGACAGGGGGGAAUUCCCCUGGGAAGAGAUUUGAGAUGGACUCUAGGGAGGAGGUGGGGCCUAAAGAAUGUAUUUUAGAGGAAGAGGUGUGGCUGCAAGAAAAUUCUCCAGGGAUUGAGUGUUUUUUUUUAAUGAAACGGAAUAUUAUGCGGUAGGUGGGAGGGACUUAAGGAAAUUCCCCUGGGAGACCAUAGGUUUCUGUAUUGGAAGGAUUGGGUCUGGGGAAUUCUGAAGAAAAGUAAGUCGGGCGUAAAGAGAAUUCCCUUGGGAAUGGGUGGGGCUCAGAUUUGGGGAAAGAAAGGGCAGAUUUAGAAUUCUGAAAGGGCAAGGAAUCCCGGGGCCCUGGGGGUAUGGCUUGGUUUCCCCGUGGCUUUGGCAGUAGGUGAGGCUGGCCCCUGACCCACUCACUUUUGUGUCACACUCGUAGGUACUCCGCUUUUGCCUUGGUGCCUGUCUUCGUCCAGCUGAGUAACCGCCAGAGCCUCCUGCCACUUGUUGGUGCAGCCUUCUCCAUUGCCAUCCGUGCCCAACGCCCGUGCUGCAGCCAUGUCACUCCUGGCGACCCUGGGGCUGGAGCUGGACAGGACCCUGCUCCCAGCUAGCGGGCUGGGCUGGCUCGUAGACUAUGGGAAACUCCCCCUGGCCCCUGCCCCCCUGGGCCCCUAUGAGGUCCUUGGGGGAGCCCUAGAGGGCGGGCUUCCAGCGGGGGGAGAGCCCCUGGCAGGCGACGGCUUCUCCGACUGGAUGACCGAGAGGGUGGACUUUACAGCCCUCCUCCCUCUGGAGCCCCCCUUGCCCUCAGGUGCCCUCCCCCCACCUUCCCCACCCCCACCUGACCUGGAAGCUAUGGCCUCCCUCCUCAAGAAGGAGCUGGAGCAGAUGGAAGACUUCCUUGAUGCCCCACUCCUCCCACCAUCCUCCCCACCUCCGACACAGCCAGCACCGGCACCCGCCCUCUCCCUUCCCCUCCCCCUGCCCACCUUUGACCUCCCCCCGACCCCGGCCCCGGACACCCUCGACUUGCUGGCCAUCUACUGCCGCAGUGAGGCCGAGCAGGGGGACUCGGGGUUGGCGCCCCUGUGCCCCCCACAGCAACCCCCUUCUCCUCCCCCUCAACCCUCCCGCCCCACCCCCUACCCCAAUCCUGCCGCCACCCGAGGGGACCGCAAGCAAAAGAAGAGAGACCAGAACAAGUCAGCAGCUCUGAGGUACCGCCAGAGGAAGCGUGCAGAGGGUGAGGCCCUGGAGGGCGAGUGCCAGGGGCUGGAGGCCCGGAACCGGGAGCUGAGGGAGAGGGCUGAGUCGGUGGAGCGGGAGAUCCAGUACGUCAAGGAUCUGCUCAUCGAAGUGUACAAGGCUCGAAGCCAGAGGACCCGGCCCAGCUAGCUGGGCCGGGUCUUCAGGCCAUAGCGGGCAUGCUGCUCUUCGGCUGUGGCUCACUUCUGUUUCUGGGGCUGAGCUGGGAGGUCCCCCAUCAUCCCCCUGCCUCUAGCUGCCGUCCAAACUUCCCCUCCCCUCCCCCUCCCCUUUUAUCCUUGCCUCCUUUCCUGUCCAUUCUGAAUUUGCUCCCCUCCUCCCUCCCCAGAAUCAUGGAAUGUUUGGCCUUAGUCAACAUCUAUACCCUUCAACUAACAGCUGAGGAACAGAGGCCCAUGGGAAAUUGGGGGGGCAGGGGAGAGCUUGGAAACCUGGUCUCUCAAGCAGGGAAGUGAGGCCAGGAAUCUCUGCAGAACGUCUAUGCAAAGGAGGACAGGGAAGCCAUCUGGAGACUAAGUCAGGGAGGGCUUUAAGCAAGCUGCCCGUAGAAUACAAGCAAAAUAAGCCAAGUGACCUUGGGGAACUACAUUUGGGGGUGGAACCAAAAGGUGGCCGAGUUCACAGAGCAGGUGGAUAAGUGGGCAGCU